UUUCUUGACCAAUACCUCUCUCCAUGUGCUCUCCCCCACCGCACCAGGAUGGGGGCUUCCACCGUCCAAUUUCUCUCUUCCAAUCGCCCGCUGUUGAUCAAUUCUCCAACGGCUACGAUCACCGCCUUCCCUCCAAGCGCAAGUUUGACGACUAUGCCCUUUCUUUUGAUAACGACCAAGACGACGAGGCUCCCUUAGUCCCCGUCAGAUUACGAAAAGACGAUCACCACCAUCAAGGCACCCAUCCGAUCACAGCCGUUCAUACCUCGUCGAAAGCUCCCUCUUCCUCCUUCUCUGCCUCCCUCAUAGAUUUCCGCCCUUCCUCAUCCGGUGUUCCCUCAUCGUCCGCCACGUGUUCCUCAUCGCGUCUCCAAUUCUUCAUCCGGAUGAUCUCGGAGGGAAACACCAUGGUUGUCCAAGCUAAUUCGGAGGACACCGUGAAAUCCCUCCACGAACGGAUUCGGGUGAUGACCGGAAUUCCAGUGAUCGAACAACGCCUAAUUUAUUGCGGGAAACAGCUACAGUGGGAACAAUCCCUAGCUGAUUGCGCCAUCCAAAAGGACGCCGGUCUCCAACUCGUCGGCCGUAUGCGAUCGACGGACCACCCACAAACCUGGCAGGUCAUGGACGACAUGAUCUCCCUCAUUUGCCGCCUUUGCCGAGGAGAAAUAGUCCCUUCCUCAACCAAACGCAUCAAAGAAUGCUUGACCAAGUUCUUCACAAUUACUCCGAAGGACAAUAACGACUCUGCCCCUGCUCACUUGCAGAUUUUCAUGGCAUCUUCGGCCCCUGCCGCUUUGGUGAUGCUUUAUAUGUCUACGAUUAACAGUAACAAGCAGUGUGCUGAUACUUCAAUAAGACAUUUCCUAACUUCAUGUAGGAGUGCAUUAUCAAAACAGUUGCAUUCUUGUUGUGCACCGAUAGUAUUAGAGUUUUGCAAGUUACUUAGGAAGGUUGUUAAUGAGGAUAGUUUGUAUGCGUCAUGCCGGAGUACACUCGGGGUGUUGUUGGAAAGUGCUGGCACUUCCUGUGCUUUAAUGCUCCCAGAGGUUAAACGGUUGAUUGUCAUGCAAGACAUUUUCUCCUUUGUUAGUGAGUUGGCUGAUAAUUUAUCUAAUGAUUUGGAUUCUAGUGUAGAUUCUACCACCAGUGGGGGACCAAUAUCGAGUGAUGUAAGGGAUUUCAAAGCAUUCUUGAACCCUUUACGGUCUGCCAUUCUUGAGCAAGUGCGGAUUCCGAUAUCAGUUGAGUGGCAAAAGAAGGAUUACAACCAUCCUCCCUACGGAGAUGAGAUUGAGUUUCUUCAUUCUAUAUUUAAUGAUUUGUUGGAUAAAAUGGAAAAAUGCCUUAUAAAAAUGGAGGAAAGCUUUGCUACGAGAGGAAGCAGUGAAGGUGAAUUUCUUCACUCAGGGUGGUCUCAGUAUCUUGUCAUUUUGAAGGAACUGAACGGCAUCUCAAAACUUUAUCAGGGUGCUGAAGAGCAGUUUUGGAUGGUUUUGAGGAACAGAAAAUCUUCGUUGUGUGCCUUAAUUAUUAGGUUUGCAAAACGAAAUGAUGAUAAUCGGUGGCUACUUGAGCACAAGGAUGUUACUGAUUUUGAAUCCAGGAGGCAUUUGGCCAUGAUGAUGUUUCCUGAGGUAAAAGAAGAUUACGAUGAAUUGCAUGAGAUGCUCAUUGAUAGGUCUCAGUUAUUGGCGGAAUCAUUUGAAUACAUUGCGCGUGCUGACCCUGAAUCACUGCAUGCUGGUCUAUUCAUGGAAUUUAAAAAUGAAGAAGCUACUGGCCCUGGUGUACUGAGGGAGUGGUUUUUCUUGGUAUGCCAAGCAAUAUUCAAUCCAGAGAAUGCCCUUUUUGUGCCUUGCUCAAAUGAUCGUAGAAGAUUUUUUCCUAAUCCUGCAUCUAGGGUGGAUCCUCUGCACCUUGAAUAUUUCAAUUUCGCUGGCCGUGUGAUUGCAUUAGCAUUGAUGCAUAAAGUGCAAGUAGGUGUUGUCUUUGAUCGUGUAUUUUUCUUACAAUUGGCUGGAAUGCAUAUAUCUUUGGAAGAUAUACAAGAGGCAGAUCCAUGCUUGUAUAGCAGCUGCAAGAAGAUUCUGGAGAUGGAUGCUGAGUUUAUUGAUUCAGAUGCUUUAGGACUGACAUUUGUUAGAGAAGUUCAGGAGCUAGGAUCCAGGAGAGUUAUGGAGCUCUGCCCUGGUGGAAAAAGCAUUGUUGUAAAUAGCAGGAAUAGGCAGGAAUAUGUUAAUCUUCUUAUUCUGGAUCGCUUUGUAACAUCUGUUUCUGAACAGGUGCACCAUUUUUCCAAAGGUUUUGGCCAUAUUCUUUCUGACUCAGGGCUCCAGAAUUCCUUUUUUCAAAGUUUAGAGCUUGAGGACCUUGAUUGGAUGCUAUAUGGAAGUGAAAGUCCCAUUUGUGUUGAAGACUGGAAGGCACAUACAGAAUACAAUGGCUACAGAGAAAAUGAUCCUCAAAUAACCUGGUUCUGGGAGGGACCUAUGGAACAAGGAUGACUAUAUCUUAAAUUAAAGAAACAUUGUCAAUAAUGCUACAACUAGUUAGAAAAUGGCAUCCAUAGCCUUUACUUCUGUCCUUCCUCAUUCGAUGACUUGAUUUGUCAUCUAGGUUUGCAUAUAUGUGAGUAGAUUCUUAAAACUAUUAGAUAAAAAGCUGAAUUGCACUACUAUAGUGAUUGAGACACUACCUUAGGAGGCAAGAAUAAGUUCACAAUGUUUUUGAUGUUUAUGAACCGACUAUUAAUGCCCAAGAAGUAGUAUGGUGCAUGAUUCUUCAGCUGUAAAAGUAUUCGUGAUAAUACUAAUUGAGGUUAAGGCAGUGAUGAAACUGUUGUUAAUGAUUGCUUCAGUAUUUUAGUUUUUGUCUGCUUGGAGAACGAUAUGUAUCUAGUAGUAUCAAAUUAUUCAGGCUUUGACAUCGACCAUAAUUAAUAAUAUAUCAAUAGAUAAAAACAAAGUGAUGAAGUGGGACAUGUGCAAUAGGUAUAGUUGUCUAAUUACUUAGUUAUAUGAAACUCUAGGGUUUUUCCAUUUUCUCCCGAUAAUUUGCUAGCUCAAGUUCAAA